AUGCCAGUGGAAAUUGAAACUCUUAAAGCUGGAGAUGAGGCGACAUUUCCGAAGAAAGGACAAAAAGUUAUUUGCCAUUACGUGCUAACUCUGCAAAAUGGCAAAGAGAUUGAUAGUUCUCGAGCUCGUGGUAAACCGUUCGAAUUUAACAUUGGACAAGGUCAGGUUAUUAAAGGAUGGGAUGAAGGCGUCGCUAAAAUGUCGGUUGGGCAGCGAGCAAAGCUAACGAUAAGUCCAGAUAUGGGUUACGGAAGUCGUGGAGUACCCGGAACUAUACCUCCAAAUUCCACUUUGAUUUUUGAUGUUGAAUUGCUUGGAUUGAAAUGA